AUGUCCGUCGUCAAGCUCUCGGUGGUGAAGACGGGCCAGCUAUCGUCGGGGCCAGUCCUGAGCUAUCUCAUCGAGCACCCGUCGGGCAAGAACCUAGUCUACGGCCUGGGCCUCAAGUCCGACCUGUCGUCCUACCCGCCAUCAACGCACGCCGAGAUCAAGGCGGCGGCAGCGAUCCCGCCAAACACCGACCUGGCGUGGCGGCUCGAGGAGGCAGAGCGCGAGCGCGACACGAUCGCAGGCACGAUCCUGCCCUCGACGCACUGGACGCACAUCGGCGCGCCGCUCCACUUCCUCCCUUCCUCCGAAGUGGUGGUGGGUAAGGGCGUGCUCGCCAGCUUGCCGGGAUACCCCGUCAACGAGGCCGCGAGCUUCCUCCACCUCGACCUGCCGGACAAGGCGCGCACCGUGCGCGAGGUGGCCGGCAAGGCGGUGGUCGGGAGCAGGGAGGGCGUGGAUUACUUUGGUGAUGGGAGCGUGCUGGUGCUCAAUGGCGAGACACCCGGCACCCUCGACACCCUCGUACGCACCGUCGCCGGACCCGUCCUACUCGUCGGCGCCGAAGGGCGCAAGGCCGACGACGCAGAGGUGUUAUCCACCGCCGACGUCGCGCUCGAGAAGCGCCUCGACGCCGAGGGGCCGUGGGAGGUGGCGCUGGUCGCGUAG